AUGAAAUACGCACAGUUGGUUGUUGGUCCGGCAGGGAGUGGCAAGUCCACAUAUUGUUCUGUGGUACAGCAACAUUGUCUAUCCGUAGGUCGUAACGUUUUCUUUAUUAAUUUGGAUCCUGCGGCCGAGAAAUUUAGUUACACUGCUGCCAUUGAUGUUCGAGAGUUAAUCAGUGUGGACGAUGUACAAGAAGAUAAGCAGUUGUUACUUGGCCCAAAUGGUGCCUUGGUAUUUUGCAUGGAAUAUCUCGUUCAAAAUUUAGAUUGGCUUCAUGAUCAGUUGAAUGAAGGAGAGGAUGAUUAUUUCAUCUUUGAUUGUCCAGGUCAAAUUGAGCUUUACAGUCAUUUGCCGGUAAUGAGGCAAAUUGUUAACGCGUUGAAAUCGUGGGAUUUUAAUAUAUGUUCUGUGUUCCUUCUUGACACACAGUUUGUUUUGGAUUGUAACAAAUUCUUAGGUGGUGCACUAACGACUCUUUCGACUAUGGUUGCAAUGGAGGUUCCAGCAGUAAAUGUUUUAUCAAAAGUGGAUUUAUUAUCAAAUCGUAAUAAAGAACUGCUGGAAGCUUUUUUGGAGACUGACGUUCGCUCUAUUCUGGACAGUGAAGAUACCUCACCUUGGAAUGAAAAGUACCGACAACUUUCACACACCAUCGCCGAAGUUUUGGAUGAUUAUAGUCUUGUACGCUUUGUCCCGUUAGAUAUUGGAGACGAUGAAUCGAUCAGUGAUCUUCUAUUACUCAUUGAUAACACAAUACAGCAUGGCGAGGAUUUGGAGGUAAAAUAUAUAUAA